UCCCACUUACAGAUUAUUUUUCCCAAAUUUUAUAAUCAAAAAUAAUAAAAUAAUGUAGUACUGUUAUACAGUCCGUGAUGUUUACAACAUAUAUACCAAUUCAAUCUUUCAUUAUUUUAGUACUUUCCAAUUUAACUUUAUCAAAACCAAGUCAACGCUUCUCCUAAACCCAGCUAAAACAUUCUUGUAUCAAUUUCCAACAUACCCAACUCACAAAUUUUCAUGUUUUCUUCAUAAAACAUGUCUGAAUCCAAACCAACAACUGUACUAACCAUAGGAAUAAUCCUAUUCCUUUUUUACUUAUCCAAUUUCCCAUUACCAGUUAACUCCCAGUGCAACAAAGGCUGCGAUUUAGCUUUAGCAUCAUUCUACGUUUGGCGAGGUUUAAACCUCACUUUUAUCUCACAGAUGUUCUCAACUACUAUCCCCGAAAUUGUUUCGUACAGCAAUAAAGACAAUAUUCCUAAUCAGGACAGUGUUAUUGCAGGGACAAGAAUUAACAUACCUUUUCGUUGUGAUUGUUUGGACGAGGUGAAGGUGUUAGGUCAUAAAUUUCCAUAUAAGGUUAAAUUAGGUGAUACAUAUGGUCUGAUCGCGUCGAAUUACUCUGAUUUGACUAAUGCUGAGUGGUUGAUGAAGUUUAAUAGGUAUCCAGAGACUGGUAUACCGAAUGCUGUGAGUUUGGAUGUGGUAGUGAAUUGUUCAUGUGGGGAUAGGGCUGUUUCGGAAUAUUAUGGGUUGUUUAUUACGUAUCCUGUGAGGGCUGAGGAUAACUUGACAUCUGUGGCGUUAGCGGCUAAUGUGAGUGAAGAUGUGAUAAGAAGGUAUAAUCCGGGGGUGGAUUCGAAGUUGGAUAUUGGGAAUGGGAUCAUCUAUAUACCCGGAAGAGAUAAAAGUGGGAACUUUCCGCCACUGCCAUCAACAAGCACAGGUUUAUCUGGUGGCGCUAUAGCUGGGAUAUCUAUAGGGGCGAUAGUAGUAGUCUUGCUGUUGGCUGGGUUGGUUUAUGUACGAUCUUAUAGGAAGAAAGCACAAAAGGUCUCGCUGCUCGCAUCCGAAGACCACCUCCAUCAGUCUGGUCAUGGCCCAGCAGGCAGCACGACAGUUAAAGCUGUAGGUUCCGAUGGCUUGGCUGAUGGCAAUAAUCCAGGGCUUUCAGACAUAACUGUGGAAAAAUCUGUUGAGUUCACUUAUGAAGAGCUGGCUACUGCUACUAAUGACUUCAGCAUUGCUAACAAAAUUGGAGAAGGUGGUUUUGGUGCGGUUUACUAUGCUGAGCUCAGAGGCGAGAAAGCGGCUAUCAAGAAAAUGGACAUGGAGGCUACGAGGGAGUUUCUAGCUGAAUUGAAGGUCUUGACAAAUGUUCAUCACCUGAACCUGGUGCGCUUGAUAGGCUAUUGUGUUGAAGGUUCCCUCUUCCUUGUAUAUGAAUAUGUUGAGAAUGGCCACAUAGGUCAACAUCUACGUGGUACAGGCAGGGACCCAUUGCCAUGGUCUAAGAGGGUUCAAAUUGCUCUAGAUUCAGCUAGAGGUCUUGAGUACAUACAUGAACAUACCGUACCAGUUUACAUCCAUCGUGAUAUUAAAACGGCAAAUAUUCUGAUAGACAAAAGCUUCCAUGCAAAGGUUGCAGAUUUUGGUUUAACGAAACUGACUGAAGUUGGAAGCUCAUCUUUGCAAACACGACUUGUGGGUACAUUUGGAUACAUGCCUCCAGAGUAUGCUCAGUAUGGUGAUGUCUCUCCUAAAGUUGAUGUCUAUGCUUUUGGUGUUGUCCUAUAUGAACUAAUUUCGGCCAAGCAAGCGAUUGUCAAGCCAGAUGGUUCUGUAACUGAAUCAAAGGGUCUUGUCGCUUUGUUUGAAGAAGUACUUAAUCAGCCAGAUCCUGAUGAAGAACUUCCCAAACUAGUUGACCCAAGACUUGGAGACGACUAUCCCCUUGAUUCAGUCCGGAAGAUGGCACAGCUCGCCAAAGCUUGCACCCAUGAGAAUCCUCUAAUAAGGCCAAGUAUGAGAUCAGUAGUGGUUGCGCUAAUGACACUCUCUUCGUCGACAGAAGAUUGGGAUGUUGGAUCUUUCUAUGGAAAUCAAGGUAUGAUAAAUCUUAUGUCUGGAAGGUAGCAAACCAAUAUAUUGCUUCCACGUGCAAUCAAUAUUUCAUUCAGAUCCUUGCUUGUGAGCGAGACCAAGACCAUUCUGUUUAAGCAUUGGAUCAAUGUACUACUAGUGCAUUUUUUACUUGUAUAGUACUUGCUUGAAUAUAGUGUAAGAAAACAUAGAUGUAUUUGAUUUGUAACAUUUAGUGUAACUUUGUGAGUUAGAAAUGGAACAUUUCCUCGCGGGGAAAUACAGGUUUUCUUUGU